AUGUACAAGGGCACUUCACCAUUCCACGAGGAUAUGAUAAGGAUAACAGACCGUCUUCCUUCAAAGGACGAGUAUCGUCGUGUCAGACAUCUAGUCCUCCAGCGAAAAACCGGCCUCGACAUCACUGACGACGAACUGGCCCAAGUCGUUGGAGCGUGUCCGCAUCUCGAGACCGCCGUCCUCUCUGGCGUACGUGACACUUCUGACCGAACCAUCAUCACUCUCGCAAAGGUCGCAAUCAACCUCAUGGGCAUCGAUGUUUCUGGCUGCCAACAAGUCACAGACCUCGGAAUUUUGGAUAUACUUUCCCAAUCUCUACCGCUGCAAUGGGUCAUGCUUAAUGGCGUCAGGGCCCUCACAGAUCCUUCCAUCUCUGCCAUAUCCAAAUCGUGCUCGCGCCUAAUCGAGCUGGAGCUAUGCGACCUUGCUUUGCUAUCUCCGCUCUCCGUGAGAGAUGUAUGGACCUAUUCACGGAAGCUACGCACGCUGCGGUUAGCUCGCUGUCCUCUGCUCAGCGAUAAGGCCUUUCCUUCUUCACUUUCCCUUUCAGAAUCCGAUUUCGACCAAGACGGCGAGAAGCCUCUGCCCCACAGACCGGUUACAUGGCUAGAGGUCCUCCCUCCGCUCAUUUUAUCGCAUACGGCUGAGAAUCUUCGUAUCCUGGAUCUUGCCUCGUGCAAAAUUACCGAUGACGCGAUUGCUGGUAUCGCAAGGCAUGCCCCCAAAAUCCAGACCCUGAAUUUGUCGGGAUGCGUGUCUCUUACCGACAGGGCACUAGAAUGUAUAUGCUCGUUGGGAGAACACCUGGAUGUGCUCAUUCUCGCUCAUGUUUCCAACAUCACCGAUUCUGGAGUCGUCAAACUGGCGCGAUCGUGUUUCAACUUGAGGUGUGUCGAUGUAGCUUUUUGUCGUAAUCUCACGGACAUGGCGGUUUUUGAACUGGCAGGCAUUAGCAGCCUACGCCGGCUGAGCCUCGUUAGGGUGCAUAAGCUCACAGAUAUCGGCAUUUUUGCGUUGGCAGAGCAUGCUAUUGCGCUAGAACGGCUUCAUCUGUGCUACUGUGAUCGGAUUUCUCUCGACGCGGUGCAUCUGCUUUUGAAAAAGUUGGAUCACCUACAGCAUCUCACGGUGACUGGUAUACCUUCUUUUAAAAGAGGAGGCGUACGUCGGUUCUCUGAUCCUCCGCCAGCGAGUUAUGAUGCGGAUCAACAAGCCUCGUUCCUUGUAUUCGAUGGAAUGAACGUGGGGAACCUAAGAAGGUUCCUGAACAAGGAGGAAAUGCGACGGCGAGAAGCUGAAACUAGGAAUAUACCGUUCACACCGCGCUCGGAUGAUAAGAUGGAUUUGUAUUAG